UUGACAACCGGGAAGGAGAAAUAACAGGAGGCGCAGUUACUGAUAUAGCCAAGGUGGGACACUACUGGAGGGAGCUAGAAGGGAUCAGCCAGCCAUGCCUCCAGUUCAGGUACUUGGCGUUGCCAAGCUCAGAACAGGACUUGACAGUGUCUAAAUGAAAAAGAGGAGAGAUCUCAAGAGGGAUAACCAAUUGGCUGGCAAAGUAACAAAUGAAAAGUAACCUGACUCUAUUGACCUGCUUAACCCUGCAUGGGGGGGAAGGAUGGAAAGGAGCAGCUGUUUGCUUUGAAACAGUGGAACAGUUUUGCAGCCCUAGAAAAUGGCAUGUAACAUACCUAACCAAAGACAGCGGACUCUGUCAACAACAGGAGAAGCUCUAUACGAAAUUCUUGGUCUGCAUAAGGGAGCAUCAAAUGAAGAAAUUAAGAAAACCUACAGAAAAUUGGCCCUGAAACACCAUCCAGACAAGAAUCCAGAUGAUCCAGCUGCUACUGAGAAGUUUAAAGAAAUCAACAACGCCCACGCAAUACUUACCGACAUUUCAAAGAGAAGCAUAUACGACAAGUACGGAUCGCUGGGACUCUACGUGGCCGAGCAGUUUGGAGACGAAAACGUUAACACCUACUUCAUGCUGUCGAGCUGGUGGGCAAAGGCCCUGUUUGUCAUCGUUGGCCUCUUGACGGGCUGCUAUUUUUGCUGCUGCCUGUGCUGCUGCUGCAACUGCUGCUGUGGACAUUGCCGGCCCGAGUCAUCAGUGCCAGAAGAGGACUUCUAUGUGUCCCCAGAGGAUCUGGAGGAGCAGAUCAAGUCUGACAUGGAAAAAGAUGUGGACUUUCCAGUUUUUCUCCAGCCUACAAAUGCAAAUGAGAAAACACAGCUAAUCAAAGAAGGAUCUCGAAGUUAUUGCACAGACUCUUGAUAUUGAGCCCUCAGAGAGUCCACGGUCCCUCCUCUCAGUUCAGUCUUGUCUCCAGAUGGUCGUAGGGGAGUGUGUGGGGCAUAAAGUGCUGUGAACUUUUC